UUUAGUUCCCGACCGCUCGCGGAACUAUUUGGUCGCAGUCGGCGCGAAAAGUCUCACCAGCAAAAAAAAAAAAAUACAAUCAACACAAAAAAUAUAGAAAAAUUUUACCCUCCACAUCACUCAGCACCCGACUUUAACCACCUACAAGUAAGCCGGGGAUUAGGUUUCGGUUGGAAAAAAAAAUUAUUUCUAGGGCUUACCACCUUUAGUAGUAGAUAGUUAACCAAAAUUUCGAGUUUUAUGUAACAUCACUCUGCUCUGGCCAUCCACAGAAUCUCAAGUGCAUUCGGAGCCAUCGGAGGCCGGCGAGCAAUGUAACACUAGGAGCCGGAGCCUACAGCCACCAGAAUGUCCAGAUAGCAGCCCCAGCAGGAUCCCCAGUCCCGAUCUCAACCAGGAGCAGCAGUCAGAUCACAUCGAAAUCCCGGGAAAUUCAAGGAUAUUUAAGGAAUCUUCUGGGCAAAGAACAUGGCUCACUUCAGUGGUCAUCGCCAGUCGGCGGAGGUGCCGGCCCAUUUCAAAAAUCUCUUCACCAACGGCCAGUUGGGAGCAGCGGAGGAGAACAACAACAACAACGACCAGAACGAGCAGGAGAAUCGUCCCAAUAACAAUAACAACGAGGGUCCUUCGGAUCCCGCCUGCUGGGUCUUUGGAUACGGAUCCCUGUGCUGGCAUCCCGGCUUCACCUACACCAAGUGCAUUACGGGCUAUAUCCGGGGAUAUGUCCGCCGAUUUUGGCAGGGCAACGUCACCCACCGCGGCUGUGAAGAAAAGCCUGGACGUGUUGCAACGCUCGUUGAGGACAAAGAGGGAAUCACUUGGGGCUGCGCCUAUAGAAUAACAGGGAGCACGGCACUGGAUUAUCUCAAGCAGCGCGAGUGCACAUUGGGUGGCUAUGCAACGAUUGAUACCAAGUUCUUCCCGCGCGUCGCCUCCCAGGACACGCCCUUUAGCGGCGAGGCAGUCGAGGUGCUAGUCUAUGUGGCCACGCCGGAGAAUAUCCAUUGGCUAGGCGAUGAUCCGGUGGAGGAGAUUGCCCAGCAGAUCGUUUCCUGCCGCGGUCCCAGCGGCCACAAUGCCGAGUACCUUCUCCGCCUGGCGCUAUUCAUGCACGAGGAGAUUCCCGGCGUUCGCGACGACCACCUGUUCGAGCUGGAGCGCCUGGUCCUCGAGGAGCUGUACCGCCGCCAAAUAUCUCUGUCGUCUGUGAUGGGCCGCAAUCCGGAUAGGAUACGGCGCGAUUCGCACGAGGACAUCCGCCGCCCGCCAUCCUUCGAGUUCACCUCCCGUGUGCCUGAUACCAAGCUGCGCUGCCUGAACAUUUGAUUGCGGGCCACGUUUAUUGCUACAGCAAAUUCCAAAUUAUUGAUCGACAUUUUAGCUUGUUAGGUAACGCAGAGUCUAUCGCCAAAUUCGACGUAUUCUUUAAAUUGUAAAUAAUCCUAGGCCUAAACGUAAGCAGCAACUCCUCGAUAAGUGAUCUGAUUUAGCCAAUAAGCUAGGAUUAAGGCCAGUCUGUAAGCACAAACAACUUUUUACACGCAAAACUGUCAGGGAGUUAAAUUAAACUGAAAACAAAU